UCCUGCGUCUGAGCCUCUAGGAGAGGGAAGUUGCGGUGGAGGUCUGAGCUCCGAGUAGUGAGGCGUAGGUCUGCAGCGCCGGGGGCCCCCAGAGGCGGAGCCGGAAGCGUCACUGCUUGACCCCCGAACUUUCCGAUUUUCCGGGGGGCGGCUAUCUUCUAGACGACCUGCUCCACCUCCCCUUCUACAGUUACCCGAAGGUCAAAAGCCCCCAUUUAGGGCGGGGCGGCGCAGCCCCAGCUCCGGCAUCCGGAAGAGGCGCCAUCUCCCGCCCCCGCCAUGGAGCCCACCGCGCCGUCCCUCACCGAGGAGGAUCUCACGGAGGUGAAGAAGGACGCUUUAGAAAAUUUGCGUGUUUACCUGUGUGAGAAACUCAUAGCUGAGAGACAUUUUGACCAUCUACGUGCAAAAAAAAUACUCAGUAGAGAAGACACUGAAGAAAUUUCUUGUCGAACAUCAAGUAGAAAAAGGGCAGGAAAAUUGUUAGACUACUUACAAGAAAACCCCAAAGGACUAGACACCCUCGUUGAAUCUAUUAGGCGAGAAAAAACACAGAAUUUCCUGAUACAGAAGAUUACAGAUGAAGUGCUAAAACUUAGAAAUAUAAAACUAGAAUAUCUGAGAGGACUGAAAAGUAACAGCUGUGAGCCUUUCCCAGAUGGAGCCACGAACAACCUUUCCCGAUCGAAUUCAAACGAGAGUAAUUUCUCCGAAAAACUGAGAGCGUCCACAGUCAUGUUCCACCCCGAGGGCGAGUCCAGCACGGCUCCCUUUUUCUCUCCCGUUUCCUCUCUGAACUUGCCCGUCUUGGAAGUAGGCAGAACUGAAAAUACCAUCUUCUCCUCCUCGAGUGCACUUCCGAGGCCUGGGGACCCUGGAGCCCCCCCUUUACCACCAGAGCUGCAGUUAGAGGAAGGAGGAACUUGUGGGAACUCAAGCGAGAUGUUUCUUCCCUUACGGUCACGCGCUCUGUCACCACAGUGACACUUGACUGUCUUUGAAUUUUUUAAUAGCGACCAAAAACAAUGUUUUAAAUGAUGUGAAUCUUUUUAUAAAACCAUCCUAAUGAUUUACUUACAUUAGAUAUGUCUUUUAAAAAACACAAGGUAAGCAUACUUUGUAAAUGGAAUGCUUUAGAUGAAAAGAAAUACAGUUUUAGGGUAGCUAAAUGAAUCAUGUUGGUCAUGUAUUUUUCAGUGUGUUCUUUUUUGUGGGUUUUUCCCUUUUUUUUUUCUUGGUGUUUUAAUUCUUUCAAGUUUUUUAUGUUGCAAGGUUAAUUUUAACAGAGACCAUUGUUCUGUUUGACAAUAAACUUUUGGGCUGGAAAUAAGGUUUCUCCGAGUUUUGGCAGUAAAUUUUUAGCAUUAAGCUCUUCCUUUUUGGUAAUAAAGCCAGCCACAAAUGGGAAAACCGCCUGUACACUGAAAAGAAUCUCUUUCCCACUUGGUUGGGUUUACCAGUUCUCAGUCUGGGGGAAUACAUGGUAGAGACUGAGCCCCCUAAGAUUUGUUUACUAAAAUCCAUUCCUUACUAACCUUACUAAUUGAUACUACUGUCUUUGAAUUUUUAAGUCUUAAUCAUUUUCAUACUAAAGAAAAGUAUCACAGUGGAAGCCUCAGUGUUAACAUGUAAUUUGAUGAGAUUUGGAAAACUGUUCCGUGUACUUUUAUUGUCUUUGAAUGAACUGUAUAGUUGAAAUAACUAGAACGGAUUUAUUUUGGGGUGGAUUAUGUCAGUUCUGCUUUAAUAUUAUUCUAAUCAAGUAGAUCAUUAACUAGAUUAAUCCUUUUAUACAACAAAAUUUACUGUUUUACACAUUUAUAAAUCUUACUCUGUUUUCCUUUAAAUUAUAAUUUGAUGUUUCCUGAGACUCAUCUCCUAUAUAUUUCUAUUUCUAAAAAAAACUAUAAAUGGAGUUUUUCUAUUAACAAUAAAAGUUUUUUAAUGUA